GCGCCUCAAACUGACCUUCCCUUGUCAAACAGGUCACUUCGGACCAGACCAUUUCACUUAUACCAAGCCUCAAGACAGCGACAGCACCCAUCAAAGUCCGCAAGCCAAAGUCUCGAUGAUGGAUCCCAAGUCAACUCCUACCACCACCACCGAGGCGGAGAACAACCCAGCGGCAGCGGCCCCGAAGAGAUCCCUCUACCAGCGCUACAAGGACGCCAAGACGGGCCGCAACAAGCCGCCCGUCUCGGACGAGGAGCUGAAAAAGUACACGGGCAUGACGCGCGGCGAGCUGAGCGACUGGGCGCGCGACCGGCCCCACGUCGCCGGGAACCAGCUCGCCGGCAGCAUCACGGUCGGGCCCGUGUCUGGGUUCGGGGGCAUGGCUGCUGGCGAGGGAUUCGGCGGGUGGGGCCCUGGUGCUGCUGCGGAGAUGAAGUUUCCGCCUCAGAAGGGACAGAAGAACGAGAAGGAAGUUGAUUAAGGGUUUACAGGGGCUGUGGGAUUGAGGACCUGUUCAUUGGUCGGCGUUGGACUUCAGGUGGACAGCCUCAAGGUCAUUCAGUGGAGAAGAGAUACUGAAGAGGGUCCACUUCUUCGGCGUCUCAAAAUAGCACAUGAUGAAUGCGGGCCGUACUGCGCCAUACCGCCUUUACCAACAAGAUUCUUCCUGGAAAGACUGUUGGCAUGUUUCCACAAUGGCCAACUUGUGCAGUAGCAGACGUCUAUUUUCAGUUGGGAUCUCCGCUAUGAGUGGAGUAGUCAUCAGGAUAAUGUUGACGUGGCUCUCGCUUUGGGGUUGACUGUAGCCUAAUGUCGCUGUGUCGGCUGUAUAAUUGCAGGCA